AUGGAAUCUACCCUAGAAGACUACCACAAAGACCUUGACUUCGAAUACACCUGCCAGACCAAACACAAUGACACCGUCCCGCCCCCUUGGGACCGCACUCUAGAUGUCUGCUGGUCCCGGUUCCCCCAAGCCUCCAAGCCCAAGGAGGGAAAAAGUGACGACGACGGCCACGACCACGACCUUGCGGCCUCCACGCACACCCAAUGCACCCCAAGCAUCCCGACGACUGGAGCAGAGGCAAGUCCCACACCACGUCCGAACUCGCCCAAAUCUCCACACAAAGGCCACCGGGGUUACUCUUGCUUGCACAAAGAUGUUGCCUUGCGGAUUUGCCACUACGUUGUCCAGAAUCACUGCGCGGACAAACCAGUCUGCCUCAGCAGGUUGUCUACCUGCAGUGGCCUAUAUCCCGUCCAAAAGCACACCCUGCUCAUCCAGGGAACAGAACGAAAAGUUUGGGAGAGCAAGUCUUUCGAGACACUGAGCGCAUUCUCCCCUUACUUUCGCGUCUGCCGUCGCUUUCGGGCCGACCUUCUAACUACCUUUCUCCGAACUUGUCGGUUCCAUCUCGUCAUCUCGCCGUUUGGGCCUACCGUGGAUACGGAUUGGCUCAAAAACUACGGCCCCCGUUUGGACAACAUCACUCUGGAAUUUGAUUGUACCAGGUAUUAUGGUGGCAAGCCCAUGAUGAGAGAUCUCGAUGAAGCUACUGGGCGCCCUGGCCUGUUUGACAAGCAACAGCUGGAAACCAUGGCUCUCCUGGGACCUGGCAACAUGAAGGAUGCUGGGCAAUCUGUUGAGUAUUACAAAUGGAUGUUGAAGCCCGUAUUGGAACACCUAACAGCCGGUCGACGAUUUCCCAUCGAACGUUUAACGAUCAUGGUGAGAAAGUAUUAUGGAUCGCAGGAGAGCAUGCCGCAAGGCUACCCCUACUUCGACCCUACAUGGCUCAACUUCCUUCUCCUGAUACCUAGCGAGCUCCAGUCGAAAGUUUUGAGCCUGGAAACAAUCGGCGUUCCUCCCAGGCUUUUGGGGUUGAUGAUCAGCAAAUUCUGGGGAGAGGGCAACCCUCCGACCGAGGACGCUCAAAGACAACACUUCAGAUGGGGUCCUUUUCUGCCCACCCUCUGGCCCCUGAUGCCGGGACAGCGUGCAGCCGUUUCCGUGCCGGGCUCCAUCGACCCGACGGUUGAUCGUCUCCUCAGGCUUGACCACCCGGGCGAAGUUGUGAUCCACCCAUUACCGAAGGAAGACAUGGAAAUACGAGUACAAGACUUUAUUGAUAUGCUGCGGAGAAAGAAGGAAACAGAUCAGGAAGGCACAGGAACAAAGAGACUGUCUUCUCAAGGCGAGGAAAACUUCCGAGUUUUCGCUCUCACCGAGAUAGAAGUAAAGAGCGAAGAAGAACCGUCUAGUUCUAGUGGAACAGCUGUAUCAAUAAGUGUCCAAGCUUACAAGCCGGGCGAUUCUUCAAGUGCAUGCGGAUCAUCAACCCGAAACUCUAUGGAUGCGCUUUUGGAGUCUGGAGAGAAUUCGAUCACGGUAUCGAAGCAGAAACAAGAGGAAGUGCUCAAGGAAUUGGAACAGCUUAAAGCAGAGCUUGAGAAAAGUGAUCAGCUGGAGGAGCAAGGACAGCAGCAGCAGCAGCAGCCUGCGAAGAAACGCAAGUCUAAACGCAAGAAAAGGAAGACCAAUAAGCCCUCCAUUCCUCUUGAGGACGCUUCCGUACCGCAACCUCAAUCGCAUCCAGAACCAAAACCACGGCCAGAACCCGUGGUAGAACACCCGGAUCAAGCAGAGGAACAGCCACAGGCACAACCACCUUCCAAUCCGUCGGUAGUGGCGGAGUAUCUUUCAUUCUUCAAAGCAAAGGAAGAUGAAGCAAAGGCAAUGGAACAGCAGCAACAGCAAGAGACGCAGCGGCCUAGAUCGCUCUACCGGUUGUUGAAGUUGAUAAAGCCAGGGGAAGGUGAAGCGGGGCCCUCUGGCCGGCCGACUACGAGAACGACAGAAUCUGCGAAGGGGGCCUUGAGAACGGAAAGCUCAUCGGCAGUGGGAUACUCGAGGACACAAGUACCGGAAGGGAAAUACCUGUAUGAGGACGAGGAGGGGGGUAAAAGCAGGAAAGUUAUGCACAUGCAGCGCGCCAGGGACAAGUCCAGGGAAUUGGCGAGCGUGCUGGAGGGUUUCCGUCCGGUAACUCCUCCGGCUUUUCCGGAUGACUUAACUGAUAUUAGGACCCUUUCUCCUCAAACUGGGGUGGAGGCAUGUCAGGAGCCCGCUACUCGAUAUGACGGGUUUGUUCCGUUACCAUCACCUCUGUCCUUCCGUACACCCACAAGACCGGAGCAACCACAAACACUUACACCGCUGCCCUCCAAGACUACUUCUCCGGUCCCUGGCACGGGCCCUGCUGCUUUGGGUAGUCCCUUCUCGAUACCAUUGCCUGAUGCAAAUAGGACAUGGCUUACGGACGAGGACAGCCAGUCUGGUAGUGCCGGUUCUACUUCUGAUUCUACCUCUGGCUCAAGCGGUCGAUCUACAGCGGUUGGUGCUGAUACCAUGGCCGAUGGUAAUGGUAAACGUCAAGCUCUUUCAGCUGCUGCGCCCGCCACUGAGUCAAGGCCCCCAAUGCCAAACGCUGCGACUGUUACUACCGCAGCUCCGGCCGCUUUUGAAGACAAUGACAAAGGUCUCGAACAGUGUAAAAACGAAGACACGGCCUUUGGUGCUGAGCAACCGUGGACAAAGGUCGAGAAGAAGGCGCGGCACCGCCGAUCCAAACAACUGCUACAGAAGCCAUCCUCGCGGACGAACAGGAAUUUAGUUCUACCUGUACUCAACGUCCGAACGUCGUUGCAAAGUCUUCAGGAUGGAUGGGCUUCCACAGCAGCGUCAGUGGGCGAAUCCUCAAAGAUAAAGACGAAGACGACGACGAAGCAAGAUUCGAAGAAGAUGGAGAGUGUUGCCGCUCCACAACAAGGCGGCUCGAGCAAGAAGGGUGAGACAAAGGCCGUGUAUAAGAAGGCUGGUGAGAACAAGGGCGUUAAAUCCGGGGGUGAUUUUGCUUCUGGCUCUAUCUCUACGUUGAAGGAGGUUGGGAGCAACGUCAAAGCCGUACCAUCAUUCAGUUGCCUUGCAUGCAACAAGAGUUUUGCUUCGGAUGACCUCCUCUUCAGACAUAUACGCGAUCUUAGACACUGGUGCCCUAGCACGUCUGUACCACCCCCGCCGGAAGCACAUGCUCCCUCUUCUUCUCGCCCAACUUCUUCAGAACUUCACAGCGCUGGUUCACAGCGGGAUAAGCCGGAGAAGUCUAAGUCUGAGGCAAAGGAUAAUGGUGCAGAGCUCGCAAUUGUUUCCGGCUUAACCUUCAUUGAAGCUGAGAGCAAAACCUCGGCCAGAACACUGCCCUCUUCAUCACUGUUACUCCAGACGUCAAAGCUCAAGAUGGAAGAGCCAGAUACGGAGAUUUUGGCUGAGACAAUACAGAUUGCUGAACUUGUGGAAGAGUCCUCCAAGAAAGACGCCAUGCGCCAGGAUGAUCUUGUCAAGGCUGUGGAGAUCUCCGGAUCCAAAUCACCUUCGGGAUCACAAUCACCUCCAUCUCCACGGACUUCACUGCCGACACUACACAUGCCAAUGGGGGAGGUACCCGGUCCUGGGGUACGGCCGACUCUACCGGAAGUAUCGGAGAAGGGAGAGAGUCAAUCACACACUCGAUCACCGUCUCAAUCACCCUCAGAUAGACCUCCUCCUCCUCUGGAAACUUCACUGGGGAUGCCGAAGGAAGUGCCCAAGGUGGGAGUACCUCCGCCGAAGAAGGUGGAGAGCCAAUCACGAACCCAAGAAGCAGCCCAAUCAGCAUCGGACAAGCCUCCUUCUCCUCCUUUGGAUCCUUUUUCGUCGGUGGAAGCGACGAUGGCAGCGGAGAAAGCUAAGAUGCCGGUGUCAAAGGUGGAAGAGAUGUCAGUGGAGAAGCUGAAGGAGGAAAUAGAGAAGCUAAAGGAAGAAUUGUCGAAGUUUCAAACGCCACCGCUUAGAGUGAUGUGCGAGGUGACAAAGGGUGACGUGCCUAAAGCAUACAAUGGAGAUGUAAAGGGUGGAGAGGGGGUUGAAGGGAUGGACAAAUCCAGCAGCUUUGCUAGCGGCCGAGACAUUCAGGAUGGGGGUAUUUCUAGUUCCAUGUCAAAGGUAGCGAAUCUCAAUGGAAAGGGCAAGGACAAAGGUAAUGGACUGUGGACUGGAAGCUCGAAGCCGGGAGUUGAGGAUCACGAAGUUGGGAGUAUGAGGGUUGAGACCAUCAAGGUUGGGAGCAAUCUCGCAUCACAACCGCAACCACAACUUCAAGUUCCCUCGCUCCAGCCCAAGAACAAGACUCCCCAGGCAGCCAAGAAUGCCAUUAACCAGGAGGGGAAAACGCAUGGGCAGGCCAGGGCAGAGACAUUCCGGCAAGGGCCGCAGGGACAGCUACAAGGAGAACAACGGGAGGUUGCGGCCACGGAUGCUGGUGUCAAGCUCGCGUCGCAACCGCAGCAACAACUUCAACGACCUUCGGCCGAGCCCAAGAACAAGACUUCCCAGUUAGCCAAAAAGGUCGUUAAGCAGGAGAGGAUAAACAACGUACACGCCAGGACGAAAACAUUCCUACCACAACCGCAAGGACCGCAAGGACAGCCACAACGCCAACAAGGGCAUGCGUACCUGGCGGAGCCUUCAACAUCAACUCCAUACCCGUAUUCUCAGCGACAGUUCCAGUCGGAGACGGAAGCGGUGGCGGCCUAUUACCACUAUCGGAGGAAUAAAAGGCAGGCACUUGAUAUGCUACCGACGAAGUCAAUGGGACAUGGAGGGUCCAAGUCUCAGGGGUCCAAGGCUCAGAGGUCCAAGGCUCAGGGGUCCAAGGCUCAAGGGCAACCGAUGUCCCAGUGGCAGUACUCUCAGCAGUCUCAGGGGCCGAUGAUGCCCCAGUACUCUCAGGGGUCAAUGAUGUCCCAGGACCAGUUGCAGCCGAUGAUUUCCUGGGUACCACAUAUGCCUACAUCGCAAGGCCAGUGGCAACCAAUGUACCAGGGCCAAGCGCCCCCUAUGCCUCUUUCCCAACUGAUCCAUCAAAUGGCAACAGGCCGCGUCACAGAUCCAUAUACCACCAAUGCCUCAGAUGCAAUCGAUGCCCCUGACACAGCCCUCUAUCCAUCUGCAAUCGACUCUUCAUAA